AUGCCUUUCGUAUACCAUGGCACAGAUCACACUCACCUAGACUGGUCGUGCAUGCUGAAUGGUUGUCGCUACCCCUUAGCGACAUCAUCUCAUCACCAGUCCUUUGUUCGUGCCCAUCAGCGCCUCCCCUGGGCAUGGAUUUUGGCACGACAGACCCUCCUUGAUGUCCAUUGCUCCUUUGUGCCGACUGAUCAAUCUCACUUGCUCGAGGGGCACGUCAGCAUACGCCAUAUCAUAAACAGUUCACCACGGCUUGCUUCGUCCUUCCCGAGCGCUGCCUUGCCAGCACUGACACGACAUGGUUUCACGCAGCUCUUUCACUUCGGAUCAUGGUCUACACAAAAUACGGCCUCACCAUUCCAUUUUGAGCCUUCGCAUAGCUUGACAGCUGAACUGCCUACCGCCGCGCCAUCUCUACGGCGUCAUCUCCCUUCGUUGAUAUCUUGGCUCGAACGUCUCUGCCUCAGCACACUACUGAACGGAUCAUGUGAUGAAACACUGGCUAUCGCUCGUCCUCUGCGACGCUUACAUGCAGAAGAAGAAAUCAUAGCAUUGUCAUCCCUGCAUACUGCUCCCACGACCUCCUUCUCUCAACAACGUCCUUUUGCUGCCUUGGACGCUUCAAUGCUCCCAUCACCAGCGUCACUCUUUCAGGGUCGCUCGGUUACAUCUGCAGCCGCGACACCUAAUAGCCAGGUGGUAUUCUCACUUGCGAAGUAUGGAACAUCAGCAGGGAUCCUGCAUGGCGAGCUGCUGGGCAUCAUAGCCGCUGUUUUACUGUCUAUUCACGCUAGCCCGCAAGAACCCUACUCCGUUUUGACAGAUCACAAAAAUGCAGUCCACAUGAUACAAGAAGUACUUCCCGGUGCUCUACCCCACGUAUGGAACAAUCGGCCAGCGCGUUUGUUGUACCGCUGGUUGUUCACUUCUGCACUCUCCGACAACCGCGCCCUCACUCGACGGCGUGGUGUUAUUCCCUCUGCGCCCCUCGCAACUUUCUCAAUGGACGACUACGCUAUGUUUGCAUCCGGUUAUGGUUUUGUUGAGAACAACCUGUCCUCUUUCCUCAUUUCUAGGCUUGAAGAUUCUUAUGCGUUGAGCGACUCCUUUCGUCCAGCACGAGCCCUGACUCUUGCACUGUAUGACAGUCAUCGCCUGCCGGACUUCCCAUACACUCGAGCAUCUAGCUCUUUCUCUGCCGUCGUACAGUUGUAUGCCCGAUCAUCACAACUUGACACCGCAGAGGUGCGGCAUCGGCGUUUUCGUGAUACGCUGCCCUGGUGUCAUUUCGGUUGUAAUCCCUUUGAGAGCGUUCACCAUAUUUUUGCUCGCUGCCCGGCCUUCUUGGCUAUCCAUCGUGCGCAUAACAUGCAGCUCUGUGAUGAGACCUCCUUACUCGAGGGCAAGGCUGCCGAUCGUGUACGAGAGGUCUUGGAACUAGCGGCUCAGCGCCUGUUUUCUGACGACGCGGGGCUUUGGCCACAAUAUCAGACGUGUAGCUUUGCUUUAAUUUCGGACGUUGGACUGCAUUGGCAGGACGUUUUUGUUUCAUUGGUAGUUGAGCCAUCGAGGAACCUAGUUACCUGA